AGGCAGACGGCUCCGCGGGCGCCUCAACUCCUCCGCUGCGCUGGCCCCUGGGCUGCCGGCAACCGGCAUGGGGCUGCUCCAGGUGUUGAUCUGCAGUCUCUUAGCCCUGUGCCGAAUCCAAGUGGACGCUCAGGAACCCGAGUUCAGCUAUGGCUGUGCGGAAGGCAGCUGCUACCCCGCCACGGGUGACCUCCUCAUUGGACGCUCACAAAAACUAUCCGUGACCUCUACCUGCGGGCUGCACAAGCCGGAGCCCUACUGUAUCGUCAGCCACUUGCAGGAGGACAAGAAGUGCUUCAUAUGCGAUUCGCAAGACCCUUAUCACGAGACCCUCAACCCUGACAGCCAUCUCAUUGAGAACGUGGUCACAACCUUCGCUCCAAACCGCCUUAAGAUCUGGUGGCAAUCUGAAAACGGUGUGGAAAAUGUCACUAUCCAACUGGAUCUGGAAGCAGAAUUCCAUUUUACGCAUCUCAUAAUGACAUUCAAGACAUUCCGUCCGGCUGCUAUGCUGAUAGAGCGAUCGUCUGAUUUUGGGCAGACCUGGGGCGUGUACAGGUACUUUGCCUAUGACUGUGAGAGCUCGUUUCCAGGCGUUUCGACGGGCCCUAUGAAGAAAGUUGACGAUAUCAUCUGUGAUUCCCGAUAUUCCGACAUCGAGCCCUCGACGGAAGGAGAGGUGAUAUUUCGUGCUUUAGAUCCUGCUUUCAAAAUAGAAGACCCGUACAGCCCAAGGAUACAGAAUCUGUUGAAAAUCACCAACUUGAGAAUCAAGUUUGUGAAACUGCAUACUUUGGGAGAUAACCUUCUGGAUUCCAGAAUGGAGAUCAGAGAGAAGUACUACUACGCUGUCUAUGACAUGGUAGUUCGAGGAAACUGCUUCUGCUACGGCCAUGCCAGUGAGUGUGCCCCUGUGGAUGGAUUCAACGAGGAAGUGGAAGGAAUGGUGCAUGGCCACUGCAUGUGCAGGCAUAACACCAAGGGCCUGAACUGUGAGCUGUGCAUGGAUUUCUACCAUGACUUACCGUGGAGACCUGCCGAAGGUCGAAACAGCAAUGCCUGCAAAAAGUGCAACUGCAACGAGCACUCCAGCUCGUGUCACUUUGACAUGGCGGUGUACCUGGCCACCGGCAAUGUCAGUGGGGGCGUAUGCGAUGACUGUCAGCACAACACCAUGGGACGCAACUGUGAGCAGUGCAGACCCUUCUACUACCAGCACCCGGAGAGGGACAUCCGAGAUCCUAACGUCUGUGAAAAAUGUUCAUGUGAUCCAGCUGGUUCUCAGAACGAAGGCAUCUGUGACAGCUACACUGACUUUGCUACUGGUCUCAUUGCCGGUCAGUGUCGGUGUAAACCCUACGUAGAAGGGGAACACUGCGAUGUUUGCAAGGAAGGCUUCUACGGCUUAAGCGCCACAGACCCGUUUGGUUGUCAGUCCUGUGCUUGCAAUCCUUUGGGAACCAUUCCUGGCGGGAAUCCUUGUGACUCGGAGACUGGGUACUGCUACUGUAAGCGUCUGGUGAUGGGACAGCGCUGUGACCAGUGUCUGCCGGAGCACUGGGGCUUAAGCAAUGAUCUGGAUGGAUGUCGACCUUGCGACUGUGACCUUGGGGGUGCCUUAAACAACAGUUGCUCUCCAGAGUCAGGCCAGUGCUCGUGUCGGCCCCACAUGAUCGGACGUCAGUGCAACGAAGUGGAGUCCGGAUACUACUUUACCACGUUGGAUCAUUACAUCUACGAGGCAGAGGAGGGCAAUCUGGGCCCGGGAGUUAGCAUAGUGGAGCGGCUGUAUAUCCAGGACCGCACUCCCUCCUGGACUGGAGCUGGCUUCGUCCGAGUGCCUGAAGGAGCUUAUUUGGAGUUUUUCAUUGACAACAUACCGUAUUCUAUGGAGUAUGACAUCUUAAUUCGCUAUGAGCCCCAGCUGCCCGACCACUGGGAAAAGGCUGUCAUCACCGUGCAGCGACCUGGAAAGAUUCCAGCCAGCAGCCGCUGCGGGAACACUGUUCCGGAUGAUGACAACCAGGUGGUGUCGUUAUCACCCGGCUCAAGAUAUGUGGUCCUCCCUCGCCCCGUGUGCUUUGAGAAGGGCAUGAACUACACUGUGAGGCUGGAGCUGCCACAGUACACCUCCUCCGACAGUGGUGUGGACAGCCCGUACACACUCAUCGAUUCUCUUGUUCUCAUGCCCUACUGCCGGUCGCUGGACAUCUUCACCGUGGGAGGGUCAGGCGAUGGAGUGGUGACCAGCAGUGCCUGGGAGACCUUCCAGAGGUACCGCUGCCUGGAGAACAGCCGUAGUGUCGUGAAAACGCCCAUGACGGACGUUUGCAGAAACAUCAUUUUUAGCAUUUCAGCCCUGCUACACCAGACCGGCCUGGCUUGUGAAUGUAACCCUCAGGGCUCCUUGAGUUCCGUAUGUGACCCCAACGGAGGCCAGUGUGAGUGUCGGCCAAAUGUGGUGGGACGAACCUGUGACAGAUGUGCCCCAGGAACCUUUGGCUUUGGCCCCAGCGGAUGCAAACCUUGUGAGUGCCACCUGCAAGGAUCGGUCAAUGCCUUCUGUGAUGCCAUCACGGGCCAGUGCCAAUGUUUUCACGGGGUAUAUGCACGGCAGUGUGACCGAUGUUUACCUGGGUACUGGGGCUUUCCUGCCUGCCAGCCCUGCCAAUGCAAUGGGCAUGCGGAUGACUGUGACUCGGUGACGGGGCAGUGCCUGGGCUGCCAGGACUACACCACAGGUCACAACUGUGAAAGGUGCGUGGCUGGUUACUAUGGCGACCCCAUCAUCGGGUCGGGAGAUCACUGCCGCCCGUGUCCUUGCCCAGAUGGCCCAGGCAGUGGCCGCCAGUUUGCUGGAAGCUGUUACCAGGAUCCUGUUACUUUACAGCUUGCUUGUGUUUGUGAACAGGGAUAUAUUGGCUCCAGGUGCGACGACUGUGCCUCCGGGUACUUUGGGAAUCCCUCAGACGUGGGUGGGUCAUGCCAGCCCUGCCAGUGCCACCACAACAUUGACACAACAGACCCAGAAGCCUGUGACAAGGAGACGGGACAGUGCCUCAAGUGCUUGUACCACACUGAAGGGGACCAUUGUGAGUUGUGUCGCUUCGGCUACUAUGGAGACGCUCUCCGGCAGGACUGCAGAAAAUGUGUCUGCAACUACCUAGGCACCAUGCAGGAGCACUGCAAUGGCUCCAACUGCCAGUGCGACAAAGGCACUGGCCAGUGCCCGUGCCUCCCGAACGUGGUGGGACAGAACUGUGACCACUGUGCACCCAACACCUGGCAGCUGGCCAGUGGCACUGGCUGUGAGCCCUGUGGCUGCAAUGACCUGCAUUCCUUCGGGCCAUCUUGUAAUGAGUUCACGGGGCAGUGCCAGUGCAUGCCUGGCUUUGGAGGCCGCACCUGCAGUGAGUGCCAGGAGCUCUUCUGGGGAGACCCCGACGUGGAGUGCCGAGCCUGCGACUGUGACCCCAGGGGCAUUGAGACGCCGCAGUGUGACCAGUCCUCAGGCCAGUGUGUCUGCGUGGAGGGCGUUGAGGGUCCCCGUUGUGACAAGUGCACCCGUGGGUACUCGGGGGUGUUCCCCAGUUGCACGCCCUGCCACCAAUGCUUCGCUCUCUGGGACGUCAUCAUCUCUGAGCUCACCAACAAGACCCACAGAUUCCUAGAAAGAGCCAAGGCCUUGAAGAUCAGUGGCGUGAUCGGGCCCUACCGGGAGACCGUGGACUCAAUAGAGAAGAAGGUCAACGACAUAAAAGACAUCCUGGCCCAGAGCCCCGCAGCCGAGCCGCUGAAAAACAUCGGGAAUCUCUUCGAGGAAGCAGAGAAACUCAGCAAAGAUGUUACAGAGAAGAUGGCCCAACUAGAAGUGAAGUUAUCCGAUACGACUGAGCAAAGCAACAGCACGACCAGAGAGCUGGAGUCUCUGCAGGCAGAGGCGGAGAGUCUCGGCAACACCGUGAAAGAACUUGCUGAACAACUUGAGUUUAUCAAAAACUCUGAUAUCCGAGGUGCCUUGGAUAGCAUUAACAAGUAUUUUCAGAUGUCCCUUGAGGCAGAGGAGAGGGUGAAUGCCUCCACCACAGAUCCCAACAGCACGGUGGAGCAGUCGGCUCUCAUACGGGAAAGAGUGGAAGACCUGAUGAUGGAGCAAGAAUCCCGGUUCAGAGAAAAGCAAGAGGAGCAGGCUCGCCUUCUUGAUGAACUAGCAGGCAAACUACAGAGCUUAGACCUUUCAGCUGCUGCAGAGAUGACCUGUGGUACGCCUCCAGGGGCCUCCUGUUCCGAGACUGAGUGUGGCGGCCCCAACUGCAGAACUGACGAUGGAGAAAAGAAGUGUGGAGGACCUGGCUGUGGCGGGCUGGUCACCGUGGCCCACAACGCCUGGCAGAAAGCCAUGGAUUUUGAUCAAGAAGUCCUGAGCGCGCUGGCCGAAGUGGAACAGCUCUCCAAGAUGGUUUCUGAAGCCAAACUGAGGGCAGAUGAGGCAAAACAGAAUGCUCAAGAUGUUUUGUUGAAAACUAAUGCUACUAAAGAAAAAGUGGACAAGAGCAACGAGGAUCUGAGAAACCUAAUCAAGCAAAUCAGAGACUUUCUGACACAGGACAGUGCUGAUCUGGACAGCAUUGAAGCGGUGGCAAAUGAAGUGCUGAAAAUGGAAAUGCCCAGCACCCCGGAGCAGUUACAGAACCUGACGGAAGAUAUCCGGGAGCGGGUGGAGAGCCUUUCGCAAGUAGAGGUCAUUCUACAGCAGAGUGCGGCUGACAUUGCCAGAGCUGAGACGCUGUUAGAAGAAGCUAAAAGGGCCAGUAAAAGCGCAACUGAUGUCAAAGUCACCACAGACACGGUAAAGGAAGCUCUAGAAGAAGCAGAAAAAGCCCAGACUGCUGCGGAGAAAGCAAUCAAACAGGCGGACGAAGACAUCCAAGGGACCCAGAACCUGCUGACCUCAAUUGAGUCUGAAACAGCAGCUUCUGAGGAGACCCUGUUCAACGCCUCCCGGCGCAUCAGUGAGCUGGAGAGAAACAUGGAAGAACUGAAGCGGAAGGCUGCCCAGAACUCCGGAGAGGCCGAAUAUAUUGAAAAAGUAGUGCACUCUGUGAAGGAGAGUGCAGAUGAAAUCAAGAAGACUCUCGACGGUGAACUUGGGGAAAAGUACAAGCAAGCAGAAAAUAUAGUUGCUAAAAAAUCUGAAGAGUCAGCUGACGCCAGAAGGAAAGCGGAGAUGCUGCAAAACGAAGCAAAAACACUUCUGGCUCAAGCGAACAGCAAGCUGCAGCUGCUAAAAGAUUUAGAAAGAAAAUAUGAGGACAACCAAAAAUAUUUAGAAGAUAAAGCUCAAGAACUAGUGAGGUUGGAAGGCGAGGUCCGCUCACUCCUAAAGGACAUAAGCCAAAAAGUUGCUGUUUACAGCACCUGCUUGUAACACAGGAGCGCGUGCCACUAGAGCUGACCAAAGCCAAGCAGCCACAUGAUGAAAAGCUGAAUGAGCGUCAAAACACUCAUGACCUAUUUAAUAUUUUUAAUUGACAAACUUUGUAUGGAGCCAAAUAAAAUAGUGCUUUUGUAUAAACAUGUAACUCUUAAAAUUCAUUGUUACUUUUACUGAUUUAGUGAUCACCAAUCCUUUUAUUUGAAGAAUGUUAUUUGCACUAUAAACGGAUUUAUAAA